UGGGCGGGUCUGUGCUGGUCGCUGUCCAGGGUGUUGGAGCUGUUCACACCGUGCACUGAGUGCUGUCCGUCCUGCCGCCCCGCUGCCCCCAUGCCCGCUGCCAUUCGUAGACUGAUGGAUUAUUACUGCUCGGCAUGAUGGGCUCCCUGCACGCUGCUCACCUCCUGCUCCUCCUCCUCCUCUCGGCUUCUUCCCAUCACCUGCCCGUCAGUGCUGACACCAGAUUCGGAUGCUUAUUUGAAGGUGACCUUUGCAAACAAUAUGAGAUGUGCUUAAAUGAUGGAGUAUUUGGGAGAUGUCAGCGGCUACCUGUGAUAGAUGUGUUUAAGUACGAAGUGUCCCCCCCUGUUAUCCAGCGUCUGAGGACUAUUCUUCAGAAGCUUUCGCAUAGAGGUUUAUCAUGGAAAGACGAUUACACUCAGCAUAUCAUCUCAAAUGAAUUAUCAAAUAUUCGUAAAGUCUACAGCAGACAACCUGAUUCUCUUUCUUCUGAUGCUUCUAGCAAUUCAAGGGUUUCAACAAUAAAUUCUGAAGGCAGCAGAGAUUAUGAAUCUGAAGCUAAUAAGAAUUUUGCCAAAUCUUUUCAUCAGUACCUUCAGUAUUUUGGGAUACUGCCACGGCCUGUAGCUCCAAGCUUCUACCCAAGGACAAAGAGUGAGAAGCCUCUGAUUACGAAUUCAAAAGGAACAUCUGCCUUGUUAUUUGCUCCAACAUCCCAUCAAAAAGUUCUUGAGAUACCUUCAAAAGCUUUAACAAAGCCUCCACAAGAGUCCGAAGCGGAUCUUGAAAAAAAGACUUUACUGGCCGCCUUAAAAACCUACCUGGCACAAAAGCCAGCGUCUCAAAAUCCUGAUAACCGAAACCUGAAUGGGAAAGCAACAUUUUCUUCCUUAUAUUCCAAUAAAUACCGUACAUCACAACUUAGUCAAUUUGAUGGAGGGCUUCCUAAAGAUGAUGUAGAGGGUAGUUAUCAGAUGAAAUCUUUUCUUCAGAGACCAAGAGCUCGAGUCUUGUCAAGGCCAAAUCUAGGAGGACUGAUUUAUAAAUCAACCUCUCGCCAGGAAGGCCCAAAGGACCCGCUGAGCACCGUGGAUGAAACAUUCAUCCAGAACGUUGUGAAGGAACUUGGCAAACAUAAAUUUAACUUUGAUAAUCUCAGUCCUAAAGAGCUGGAUGAACUAGCAGAUGUAAUAGCUGAUACUCUUCAGAUUGUUGAUGGAGAUCAAACUGGGGCUCGGAAAAUUGAAACUGAAAGAGGAGAAGAAGCUAAAAGAUUGGAACCCUAUGAAUCUGAGGAACAUGAAGAGGGCAAAGAGAGCAAUCUAUCAUCUCAAGAAGGUCAAGAAACAAGCGAGAAACAGUCAGAGUACGAAACAAAGGACAGGGAAAUAAGUGCCAAGAAAGUGAACCUCCCGGAUUUUACUGUUAAGUCCGCAUCACACGAGUUCAUGUCAGAGCCUGUUGAAAAAGGAUUUAAAAGGUUUGGUGACUUCCAUUACACCUCUGAUGAUGAUGACGAUGAUGACGAAAAGAAAGUUGGGAUUGAAAAUGUAAAAAGUGAGACAUACACCAGAGAACUGACCUCUCAGAAGAAGUCGGCUGAAGAUGACAUUGAUUCCAAGCAAGAGAUAGAGCUCCAACGCUGGGUCCAGGAAAGCUAUGCCCAGGAUGACAGGUCUUUUGAAGAAGAACCAAAGAAAAUAGGACAAGAAGUACAAUUUCAAGUGAAGUCUUCCAGCAGUGACAAGUAUGGCUACAUUGUUACACAAAAGAGCCCCCUGACUGUGGAGAAGGGUCUGGAAUUAUUAAGCAAGGUGGCCGUGCUCCUGAAACAGCAGAUGAAUGUGUUUAGUGAUGUCAGUGUGUCAGGAUCGGCUGUGGUGUUCCAGGUGGGCUCCAGCGUUCAGAAUGUGACCACAGAAGAUGUGGCGAGUGCAGCAGCUGCCAAUAAGGAGAAGCUUGAAAAAUCGACAGGACUAAGAAUCCUGCAAACAGGGGUUGCUGAGAAAAGCAAACUGAAGCUUCUGCCUCAUCAUCUGGAAGAAGAAGACUCGACUAAGUUUAUUAUCCUCACUCUGAUCUCUAUUGCCUGUAUAAUCGGGGUUCUUGCUGGGUCUGGGGUCAUCUAUUGCCUGCGUCAUCGGUCCCACCACAAACUCAAGGAGAAGCUCUCUGCUUUGGGCAGUGACAGCAAUACAGAUGCCACCAGCACUUACCAGGAGCUAUGCCGUCAGCGGAUGGCUGUCAAGUCUUCAGAUCGUCCGGAACCUCUGCACAGUUCUCGCAUCAAUAGCAUCUCAUCACAGUUCAGCGAUGGACCAAUGGCCAGCCCCACCGCACGGAGCAGCACAUCGUCUUGGAGUGAGGAGCCCGUUCAGUCAAAUAUGGACAUCUCCACAGGUCACAUGAUACUGUCUUAUAUGGAAGAUCACUUGAAGAAUAAGAAUCGUCUGGAAAAAGAGUGGGAGGCUCUAUGUGCAUACCAAGCGGAUCUUACUGCAACAACCAUAGCGCUGAAAGAGGAAAAUGCUGCAAAGAACCGAUCUCUCACAGUGGUUGCAUAUGACCACAACAGAAUAAUUCUGAAGGGAGAGAAUGGCCAUGAUCACUCUGAUUACAUCAAUGCCAGUCCCAUAAUGGACCACGACCCAAGAAACCCGGCUUAUAUUGCAACCCAAGGACCGCUCACCUCAACUGUGGCUGAUUUCUGGCAGAUGGUGUGGGAGAACGGCUGCGUUGUCAUCGUGAUGUUGACAUCACUGGCAGAGAAUGGAGUCAAACAGUGUUACCACUACUGGCCCGACGAAGGCUCCAACCUCUACAACAUCUACGAGGUAAAUCUUGUCUCGGAACAUAUCUGGUGUGAAGAUUUCCUUGUGAGAAGCUUCUAUCUAAAAAACCUACAGACUAAUGAAACCCGCACAGUCACCCAGUUUAACUUCCUCAACUGGAAUGACCACGGUGUGCCGACAUCUACUCGCUCCCUGCUAGACUUCCGCAGGAAAGUUAACAAGUGUUACAAGGGGCGUUCCUGUCCUGUAAUAGUCCACUGCAGCGACGGUGCAGGGAGAAGUGGGACCUAUAUCCUGAUUGACAUGGUACUCAAUAAAAUGGCUAAAGGUGCUAAAGAGAUUGAUAUUGCUGCUACCCUGGAGCACUUGAGAGACCAGCGACCAGGAAUGGUGCAGACAAAGGAGCAAUUCGAGUUUGCGCUGACAGCCGUGGCGGAGGAAGUGAAUGCAAUACUAAAGGCCCUUCCACAAUAAGUGUUUGACAUAUCUAAGGAAUACCCGUUGGGGGGGAUCCUUCUCUCAACCUCCCCCAUCCCCCCUCUUCUUUUAUCAAUCUCUUUAAACGUUGUUGGAAAUUGUGACCUGGUGUGUGUCAUGUAUAGUAACCGCACAGAGACAGGUGCCCACCUUCUUGUCCCCUGCUGGGAGGGCCAUUUGCUCGCAGCAGCCCAGUGAUAGUAUAUAGGGAUACACAACUUUCCUGGUCAGAAUAAUUGCUUAUAUAUGUCUUCUUUUUUUUUUCUUUUCACUUGAGAAAAAUAAAAUGUCUUUUUCCUUUUGUUUCUCGCUUGAACAUCACCAUUGUUAUUGUUUAUUGUCUCUUAUUAAAGCCUCCGCUUUCUUUUG